AUGGCAGACCGUGAACCGAAUCAAACGGCUGUCAUGAGCCAUAGCCUGGGCUCGACCAGGACGAUCGUCGUCGAUGGAGGCUCCGAUGACGGAAAGACUCAUCAGUUCAACGAGCAGACCAACUAUGUGCCCAAAAGGGCCAUCAUAACGAUUUUUCUUGCGUGCGCAAGCGUCGACCUGUUGGCUCUCAUGGACCAGACCAUGUUGGCGACCAGCUUGUACAUCAUUGGAAACGCAUUGGGCUCAACAGCCGAAGUCUCAUGGAUAGCAAGCGGUUAUUUCAUAACAUCGACGGUUGGACAACUGAUGUAUGGAAGACUGUCCGACAUUUGGUCCCGCAAGAUUAUCCUCCUGACAGGCCUGGCAAUCUUCUUUGUUGGCUCCCUGGCCUCAUCCCUUGCCCAGUCUGUGCUUCAGCUCACCAUAUUCCGCGCCUUCACCGGUAUCGGAGGAGGCGGUCUGAUGACUGUCGCCCAGCUAAUCGUGAGCGAUGUCGUGCCUCUGCGGGAGAGGGGUAAAUACCAGGGCAUCCUGGGUGCUGUCGUGGCAAUUGCCAAUGGUGUUGGCCCCGUCAUUGGUGGUGCGCUCUCUUCAAAGUCUGAAGAUUCGUGGCGUUGGAUCUUUCGUAUGCAGCUGCCGCUGACGUUGUUCACUACUUGCUGCGUCUUGUUUUCUAUGCCCCUGAAGAAGGUGGAGGGUGACUGGAGAUUGAAGCUCAAAGCUGUCGAUUUCUUGGGCAUAUUCCUCGCACUGGCUGGAAUGACUGUUGUCAUUCUGGGCUUAACCUGGGGAGGUAAUGAAUAUUCCUGGAACUCAGCUCAGGUUAUCACCACAUUGGUGGUUGGCACAGCAGUUUCGGUAGCCUUUAUCCUGUGGCAGUGGAAGGGCCCUCGAUAUCCCUUAAUCCCCUUACACAUCUUCAAAUCCAAGAUCGUCAACGGGGCCUGCUUGACCAUGGCCAUCAACGGAUGGAACUUUGUCAUGCAGGUUUAUUACGUACCCUCGUUCUACCAGUUGGUGUAUGGCUACUCGGCCACCAAAGCGGGUGCGAUGCUACUACCCAUCACUCUCUUGCAGACCGUAAGCAGCACCCUUUCUGGCCUGGUGGUGCACUGGGUAGGCCGCUACCGUGAGUGCAUUCUUUUUGGGUGGCUAUGCUGGGCCGUUGGGCUUGGGUUGAUGUCGACUCUUGAUGAGAACACGGGAGUUGGUAAGCAGAUUGGAUAUUCUAUCCUCAUUGGAGUGGGGGUUGGAAAUACUCUUCAACCUGCUCUUAUUGCCACACAGGCCGGCGUCGAGAGGCGCGACAUGGCUGUUGUGACAUCAUUUAGAAACUUCGUGAGAAACUUGGGGGCGACACUGGGCCUUGCAGUCUGUGGCACAGUUCUAAACAAUAUUCUCGCCAAUUCUCUAUCCGUAUUGGACCUUGACAGCAAAGAGUCAAAGACGCUGAUAGGUAACCCUCAAACAUUCUUAGACACCGUCUCGUCGAGCGAGGCCGAGAGGAUCCGCUCUGUCCUUAUUCCCGCGUAUAGAAAGGGGUUUAGGGUGAUUUUUCUCAUCGGGGCUUCUGUGGCUGCCCUUGCCUUUGUCCUGGCCUUUGUGCUCAUGCCUCAGGUUGAUCUUGCGAGACCGGAUGACGCUAAGCUGAAGGAGGAAGGGCGCAGGGCAUACGAGGAGAAACGCAAUAAGAGCGCAGCGUAA